AUGUUGAAUGUUGACUGGUCGCACUGGCUUGCAGGCACCGGUCAAGCAAUCAACAAUGUUGACUGGUCGCACUGGCUUGCAGGCACCGGUCAAGCAAUCAACAAUGUUGACUGGUCGAACUGGCUUGCAGGCACCGAACAAGCAAUCAAAAGUGUUGACUGGUCGCACUGGCUUGCAGGCACCGAACAAGCAAUCAACAAUGUUGACUGGUCGAACUGGCUUGCAGGCACUGGUCAAGCAAUCAACAAUGUUGACUGGUCGCACUGGCUUGCAGGCACCGAACAAGCUUUCAACAAUGUUGACUGGUCGCACUGGCUUGCAGGCACCGAACAAGCAAUCAACAGUGUUGACUGGUCGCACUGGCUUGCAGGCACCGGUCAAGCAAUCAACAGUGUUGACUGGUCGCACUGGCUUAAAGGCACCGGUCAAGCAAUCAACAGUGUUGACUGGUCGCAAUGGCUUGCAGGCACCGGUCAAACAAUCAACAGUGUGGACUGGUCGCACUGGCUUGCAGGCACUGGUCAAGCAAUCAACAGUGUUGACUGGUCGCACUGGCUUGCAGGCACCGAGCAAGCAAUCAACAAUAUUGACUGGUCGCACUGGCUUGCAGGCACCGAACAAGCAAUCAACAAUGUUGACUGGUCGCACUGGCUUGCAGGCACCGAUCAAGCAAUCAAAAAGGUAAACUGGUCGGACUGGAUUGCAGGCACCGAUCAAACAAUCAACAAGGUGAAUUGGUCAUACUGGCAUGCAGGCACCGAUCAAGCAAUCAACAAGGUGAAUUGGUCGGGCUGGCUUGCAGGCAGUGGUCAAGCAAUCAACAAGGUGAAUUGGUCAUACUGGCAGGCAGGCACCGAACAAGCAAUCAACAAUGUUGACUGGUCGCACUGGCUUGCAGGCACCGAUCAAGCAAUCAACAUGGUGAAUUGGUCAGGCUGGCUUGCAGGCACUGGUCAAGCAAUCAACAUGGUGAAUUGGUCGGGCUGGCUUGCAGGCACUGGUCAAGCAAUCAACAAGGUGAAUUGGUCGGGCUGGUUUGCAGGCACUGGUCAAGCAAUCAACAUGGUUAACUGGUCGGACUGGCUUGCAGGCACUGAUCAAGCAAUCAACAUGGUUAACUGGUCGGACUAG